AAAAAGAUUAAUGCAAGCCCAGGUUUUUUCUGCUGUUGUGAAUCGAGUGAAAAUAGCAAAAACAAUUAAUUAUGGACAGAAGUAUAUAACUGAUCUCAAAUAUGUAAAUAAAGGAAGGCUAAUUGUUUCUGUUGAAAACACAAUCCUUCUUGCAUAUUAAGAGAUGAUUCCAUUCCAUUUCUCUCUACUCAUGGGUCCUGUUUGUGUUUUACAAAUGACGACUUUUGUGAAGUAUUCAUUUUUUGGAAUACAUGUGAGAGAUCAUUGAUGGAAUGUCGUAUGGACAAAGAUAACUAUGACAGAUAUCCUUUGCCAGGUGAAACAUAUAAUCCUAAUACAUUCUACAGAUUUUGGCCUUUGCCAGAUGAACUAACUGGUGGAUACACACCAAAUGGAUCAGCGAUGUGCAAAUCGGGGACCAUUUUGGUUUGUCUCUGGAACUAUCAGGUGCAUAAGCGUUCACUAGGUAAUGUACUUAAGUUAUCUCUUGGUGGUGUUAAGCUCUUUGACAAGGAAACGGACAAAAAUCGACCCCUUUUCAUAUGCCCCACCUAUAUAACAGAAAACGGAAAUGAAGACAUCUGCGUUUCUGAUGUGAACGCUGUGGUCGUCACGGAUGCAGGAGGCUUUCUGAGAUUUCGUUACACAGGAACACAAAGUGAUCCACAAUUUGAUCCAUACGGCAUCUGCUGUGAUUCCAAGAAUAACAUUAUUGUUGCGGACAUGGUGAAGAAUAGAAUUCACAUGAUUGAUCAAAACGGAGAGCUUCUUCACUUUAUUCAGUAUCAAGGCAUGCACAUGCCACGUGCUCUCUGUAUAAAUAAACAUAAUAUCUUGUAUGUGGGAGAAUGGUUGUCUGAAGAAAUUAAAGUCCUCUCACUUCAAUGAUUUGGAAUAAGUCCAUCCGCGGCACUUAUUGAUUGGUUGAUUUUUUUUUUAUUUUUUCAAUGUUAAUGUAAGAUACUAUAAUAAAUGUAUAAAUCUAAUAUUUUGAAUUAAUUCAGACGAUUGAAGAGUGAUUUUGUGCACCUUUCAUAUGUAAUAUCACAAAUAUAUUCACUGU